GCCGCCUUCAAAGAGAAGGAACACACGAAAACGAAACUAAAGCGCUUACCGACAUGGGGAGCAGGCAUAACGGCGGAGCUAGCGACCGCGCAGCCUUGGGGAAUGGCGGAGCACCGCCGGUGGUUGACAAGGAGGUGGAUUUCGCCAAUUACUUCUGCACAUAUGCCUUCCUCUACCACCAGAAAGAGAUGCUCUCCGAUCGGGUUCGCAUGAACGCUUACUACGACUCCAUUUUCCGGAACAAACACCAUUUCAAUGGAAAAACAGUACUGGAUGUUGGAACUGGCAGUGGCAUUCUUGCAAUCUGGUCAGCACAAGCAGGUGCAAAGAAGGUCUAUGCAGUUGAAGCGACUAAGAUGUCGGAGCAUGCACGUGCAUUAGUUAAAUCGAACAAUGUCGAGAAUGUGGUUGAAGUGAUCGAGGGUUCUAUGGAGGAUGUUGUCCUGCCAGAGAAAGUUGAUGUAAUUAUCUCGGAGUGGAUGGGUUACUUACUUCUGCGAGAGUCGAUGUUUGACUCGGUAAUAUGUGCUCGUGACCGCUGGCUGAAGCCUAAUGGAGUCAUGUAUCCUAGCCAUGCUCGGAUUUGGUUUGCACCUAUAAGAUCUGGAUUGGUGGAGCGUAAAGAGAACGAUUUGGAAGAAGUAAUGGAUGAUUGGUAUAAUUUCGUUGAAGACACAAAGGAUACCUACGGGGUUGAUAUGGGUGUUUUGACUCAACCUUUCUCCGCAGAGCAGAGGAGAUAUUAUCUACAGACAUCCUUGUGGCAAAACCUUCAUCCAAAUCAAAUUAUCGGGACGGCUGCUAUUAUCAAGGAGAUUGAUUGUCUAACCGCCACUGUAAAUGACAUCAGUGAGGUCAGGUCCAACUUUUCUUCUUCGAUCGCCAUGGAAAAUACAAGCCUCUGUGGAUUUGGUGGAUGGUUUGAUGUCCAUUUUCGAGGAAGAAAGGAUAACCCGGCUCAGCAAGAAGUUGAGUUGACAACAGCUCCUAGUAAAGAUGCCGGCACCCACUGGGGCCAGCAGGUCUUCCUCAUACACCCUCCUAGUUGUGUCACUGAAGGCGAUAACGUAAGUGUAGAAUUCCUAAUGUACCGGUCAAAGGAAAACCACAGAUUAAUGGAGGUAGAGCUCGGCUGCGAAGUCAGGCAGUCUUCUGGUAAUCUGCUUCCAGCAUUUAAAAGUAAAUUCCACGUGGAGUGAUCCAGCCACGGGGUCGUCUGCUUCCAGCAUCAGUAAGCGUGCUGCCGUGGAUGAACAAAGACCCUGCAGGACCCCGGAUAAUGAAUGUAACUGUAAAAUUUCAAAGCAGAGUUGGGUUUGUUUCUAAAAGAACACUUUCUUGACUGCCAUGUGCAUUUUAGGUGCCCUGAUUCCUGGUUAAGAUCUUCUAAACUUCACCAGAUUUGGUUUAGCGGUGGUCUAUGUACUAUGUACAUCGAACAUCCAAAGAUGGGAUUAUGGUUGUUAGGCUGUUUCGCAAGUAAACAUCGAUUUAUCCUUACCACCAUAUUGAAUUCAGCUUCAGGGCAUAUCUCACUUGUUAUUUACACUUGCUUUUAUGCCUUCAUAGAUGUGACCUUCAUUUUCCUUUCUCCAUGUUUCUUUAUUCCCAAGUCAACUUCAAAAUCUGCAGAACACAGUUGUGUGCAUCUUGCUCAAGUGGGUGGUGGGUUUUGACUUUCGUAUCAAUGGAAGAAGCAUGAUAUCUUGUUUGUGGCAAAAGUUCUCCCGCCUUUCUAUAGCUUAAGCACAUGCAUGGCUUUAAUUACUCUGCAAGUUAAAGCUGGCUGCUUCUGGUUGUUGACCAAAAGGGCUUUAAAACAAAAUGCAUAUUUCCAGCUCUCUGGAUCUCAUUAUCAAUCUCUGCACGGUUUAGAAACAUUCUACACACAGCUUUCCUAUUGCCAUUCUCCUUCCUCUGCUGCUUGUCUCCAAAAUGUAUCGAUCUGCAAGGCCUUCGUCCGACGAGUACCUCCUCAACUUGUCGCCUCUACUGGCUUCGAAUGGUUCUUCGCCUGUGAAAACAGUGGCAGGGUCUGCGUCGGAGCUGCCAGUGGCCUAUUCCCCUGUUCCUGAAGGGAGCAAGAAGGAUCUGCAACAUCACAAGCCGCUCGGUGGGGAAAAUGGUGUUCAUCUCAUCCCAGUCGUUCUCUUCCUCUGUGGUUUGGCUCUCUGGCUCUUCUGUCCCCAUUGAUGAAACAAUUGGUCGGCUCGUCUCCUAGAGCAAGCUGCCGCGGGUUUUCUGUUCU